CUGAUCGACCAGUUUGGCGAGGCCAUUAGCCAAAGUGGCCGCUCGUCUCGUCACCACGCGAGCAGCCGCCGUCACAAGAAGCGCCGCUCGCACUCGCACUCACCGUCGCGAUCACGAUCUCGAGAUCGGUCCCGAGAGCGGGAGCGGGAGCGGGAUCGUGAUCGUGAUAGGUCGCGCUCCCGGAACCGUGGCAGCGGCAUCUUUGGCGGCGACAGCGGCCACCGCAGGAACAACGGCUCGAGGGGGUCGUUCUUUGGCCUGGGCGGCAAUAACAGCCGCUCCAGCCUGUUUGGAAACAGUACUAAACUUUGUUCAGGCCGCCCCUCGUACUACAAACGCUCUCCCCGUGAGGGCUUCGUCCAGCGCUGCGUCAAGCAACUCAAGCGGCUCCUCCGCGACUUACAGCACUACGCCAAGCGCCAUCCCUGGAAGGUCUUCUUCCUCGUCAUUGUGCCCCUCGUUACUGGAGGCGCUCUGACUGCUCUAUUGGCCCGCUUCGGCCUCCGCAUCCCGCCCUCCAUCGAGCGCAUGUUGGGCGUGGCCAAGCGCGCUGCCACUGGCGAUCCCUUCAGUGCCGUCGGUGAUGCCGUGCGCAUGGCCGGUGAGUACGGCAACGGUAACGGCACUGGCAACGUUAUCGCUAAUGCUGCAGGACAAUCGUAUGCCCGCGGCGCUCGUGUCGAGCGCGGCCGCAGCGGCGACUUG